AUGGAUCUGUACGACGACGUGCUAGCGGCGAGCUCGCAGCCAGCUGAAAGCUGCACCAGCAGCUCGGAGGCACAGUCUGAGAUGCGCCAGGAGCAGUCAGCCAAGCCAAACAGCAAACCGCCCGCCAUCCUGUACACCUACAGUGGGCUGCGCAACAAACGGGCAGCGGUGUACGUGGGCAGCUUUUCCUGGGACUCUGAAUUCAGCAAUGCCGACCAGAUGGAUCUGUACGACGACGUGCUAGCGGCGAGCUCGCAGCCAGCUGAAAGCUGCACCAGCAGCUCGGAGGCACAGUCUGAGAUGCGCCAGGAGCAGUCAGCCAAGCCAAACAGCAAACCGCCCGCCAUCCUGUACACCUACAGUGGGCUGCGCAACAAACGGGCAGCGGUGUACGUGGGCAGCUUUUCCUGGUGGACAACUGACCAGCAGCUGAUCCAGAUUAUUCGCUCAGUUGGGGUCCGCGAUGUGGUGGAGCUGAAAUUCGCAGAGAACCGAGCCAAUGGCCAAUCCAAAGGGUAUGCAGAGGUGGUAGUGGCCUCCGAGAACUCAGUCCACAAGCUCCUGGACCUGCUGCCUGGCAAGAUCCUCAAUGGGGAUAAAGUGGACGUGAAACUGGCCACGCGGCAGAACCUGUCGCAGUUUGAGGCACAGGCCCGGAAACGGGUGCCGCCGAGGGCUCACUCCCGGGACUCGUCGGAUUAGAUGGACGGCCGAGACAGGCCGACGGAGCAUGCUGAGCCUGCCGCCAUGCCCCUCAUGGCCCUGACACCUCCCCCGAUGCCUCCCCCACCGCCUCUCUCCUCGAGCUUUGGAGUGCCACCUCCCCCUCCGGGAAUCCAUUACCAGCAUCUAAUGCCCCCUCCUCCACGACUGCCCCCUCACCUGGCCGUGCCACCUCCAGGGGCUGUCCCACCCGCCCUGCACCUCAAUCCUGCCUUCUUCCCCCCACCAAACGCAGCACUGGGCCCCCCGCCAGACACCUACAAGGCCUCCGCAGCAUAUAACCACAGCAGUCGAGAGCUGGGCCCGCUGCCCGCCCCGGUGAGCGAAGCCGAGUUUGAGGAGAUCAUGGACAGGAACCGGGCGAUUUCCAGCAGUGCCAUUUCCAAAGCGGUGUCUGGGGCCAGCGCAGGGGAUUACAGUGACGCCAUAGAGACCCUGCUCACGGCCAUCGCCGUCAUCAAACAGUCGCGCGUCGCCAACGACGAGCGGUGCCGUGUCCUCCUCUCCUCCCUCAAGGAUUGUCUUCAUGGGAUCGAGGCCAAGUCCUACAGCAUGGGCGCCAGCAGCAGCUCCUCCAGAAAAAGACACCGAUCUCGGGAGAGGUCACCCAGUCGGUCCCGCGAGAGCAGCAGGAGGCACCGGGACCCGCUCCACAAUGAGGAUCGGCACGAGGACUAUUUCCAAGAACGGAACCGGGAUCAUGAGAGACAUCGGGACAGGGACAGAGAACGGGACCGGCACCACUGAGAAAGGAGUUUGGUUGGCAGUAAGUGUUUUUAAUGGACUUGUAUCUCCUCACCUCGAUCAGGACUGAAGGACGGAGGCCGCUCCACCCCUCUCCUCCCCACUGCCCCCAGCUUCUUCCAGGCACCCAGGGAAAGUCACGUCGCCUGCAGGACUCCAGCUGGCACCCGGUGGCCUCGGGACCCACACUCGCUGCUGCUGCUUCCUGGGGCAAUGCUGGAAGACGUGGAGUUAGGGAGGGAUAGCGUCGGGGCCACUGUGAGCAGGGCGUGCUCCCAUCCACGGAUACUCGGACCCAAAGAGAAAUGGUGCUUUUCCAUGGAAGCUUGUGAGCUCCUUCCUCUCCGUGGCCCUUCUGGGGACAGCUGGAAGGGAAUCUAUUGCCUCCUGUGUGCUGGGGAGGGUUGGUGGGGUGCAGAUAUCCCUGCGGGGUGUCUGGUGCCUGGCCUGCUUGGCUCACUGGGGCCAGUAUCCAUGUCCUCCCAAGGUACACUGUCUUCUCGUCCUGGGGGAGCUCUCCUGAGGAGCGUGAUCCCUUCUCCCAACUAGUUCUAGGCCUGGCUUGUCUGGCCCCUUGUACUCAGCUUAGAGAACAGCAUUUCCCCUUGCCUCGUGGGGAGCAGGUGGGCUGCUGCGCCCCAUCACCUCUUUCUGCUCCAUUUCUGUAGUCGCCUCUGAGCCCUCUCCGUCUGCUCUGCGUCCUCUAGGAGGCUUGCUCCAGAAAAGAGGCGAACCCUCUUGGCUGGGCUCAAUGCCUCCGGCUCUCCAUGCUGAUCUCAUGCAAUAACCGUUCCAGUCCAUGUUUUUCCCUACUGCAAGCCCCAGCCACCUUAUUCUCCAGAGUUAGUCUCCUCCCAGCAAGGCUGCCUUCCUUGUUUUAGAGGAAGCAGCUUGGGCAGAGAUUCGAGUGUUGUGAUGUGGGGGGCGAUGCAGGAGGGGUGGGCUUGGGGGCUGUCUGGAUGAACCAAACCACUGAUAACCUUGCGAGCUGCUUAGCCUUUCUGUGUGGUGGUGGGAGGUGCACUGAUUCCAGGAAUGGAGGUCUCUGCUGGAGACUCCCGCCUCUUCCUAAACUUUCUAGGAGUGGGAGCUCCCAUUCAAGCCGUGUGCGUGGGGGGGUUAUUUAGACAGCACUGCCGCUUGCCUUUGUUCUGUGGUGUGUGAGCGUGAGCAAGGGUUUGGAGCAGCCGAGAGUUGGUUUGCACCUAGCCAAGGAGUCUUGGUGUCUGUUCCAGAACUGGGCUCUGAUUGAGUCCCUGAAGGGCAGGGGAGGUACAUAACCACCAUUUCCACCACAGCCUGAAGUCUUAGCUGGUGAUUCUGGAAGGUGGUGUGGAAGGAGCCAUGUUCCCUUGAGCAAAGGAUGCUGUAGGGUACAGGUGGCCAGAGAGUAGCCUGCAUGUGUUGCACCGUUGUGGCCAUCUGAGCUGCAGCCUGUGGAGGGCACACAUCCCAGCAUGCACUUCUCCAGUCACCUAGCGCACGCUGACACCCAUUGCAUGCUGGGACUUGUAGUCUCCAGAGGCUGCACUUUUAUGGAAGACUGAAGACGGCAGCCACCAUCUGCGUUUCAUGCCGAUUCAGUGUGGCCCUUGUGCUCCUGGCAAGUUGUGGACACAGCUGGGCAAAACCUGGGCACCAUGCCUCCCAGCAGGGGUCUCGUACUCCAGUUGGGCACAUCAGAGAUGGUGGCAUGGGACAAGAGGUGACUUGCAGUGUGGAGUGCACAGGGCGAAGUGAAGUGGCACCUCCGUACGAACUGUGAUCAGUGAGCAAAGGCCAGCUCUGGGUGUCUUUUUAAAAAGAAAAUGAAAAAAUGUGGAAACAAUGUGAGGUGACAAAAAAAAGUGUAAAAUACCAGAAAACCCUUUGACAGGAGAGUGUUCUGUUUUUUACGUAAUGACACACAUUUUUAGUUUAUUUCAGAAUAGUGUGGAGGGGGGAAUAAUAAAAAAAAAUAACAAGCAAAGCCCCAAUUCCCUUCCCCCAGUUCUCGGUGAUUUGAUUUGUUUGUCUCUUUCUGAUAGGUUGGAAAUUGUGUAAUAAACUUGAUGACGUUGUCAAUCUUUUAUACCGCAUUGUAUGUUUUCUUUAUUUUCCUUUUGUAACAAAAUUUUUUAAAUAAUAAAUGGGGUGUGAGCUGUUUUACGGAA